UAUUAUUAUUUAUUAUUGGGUUGGUGGCCUUGUCAAAUUUGAUCAUCACACAGAGCUCCAGAAUUUCUGACUGUUGACUCACUGAUUUUUGUGGCCGCAGCAGUCAGCGAUGGCGUUCUUGCGCAGUAGUGUCUCCAAGCUCCGUUCACGUCUCGGCCAGCAGUCUAGUCUCCGUGAUUCCGUCAGAUGGCUUCAAACGCAGACCUCCUCCGAUCUCGACCUUCAUUCUCAGUUGAAGGAAUUGAUUCCAGAACAACAGGAGCGUCUGAAGAAACUGAAGGCAGAGCAUGGAAAAGUGCAAUUGGGCAAUAUCACUGUUGAUAUGGUGAUUGGUGGAAUGAGGGGAAUGACGGGGUUGCUGUGGGAAACCUCUUUACUUGAUCCGGAUGAGGGCAUUCGCUUUAGGGGUUUGUCAAUUCCAGAAUGCCAGAAAGUAUUACCAGCUGCAAAGCCUGGUGGUGAACCUUUGCCCGAGGGCCUUCUCUGGCUACUUUUAACAGGAAAGGUACCAAGCAAGGAGCAAGUAGAUGCAUUAUCCAGUGAAUUGAGGAGUCGUGCCAAAGUUCCAGAUUAUGUGUUCAAGGCCAUUGAUGCUCUGCCUGUUGGAGCACAUCCAAUGACUCAAUUUGCAACUGGUGUUAUGGCGCUCCAGGUUAAGAGUGAAUUCUCGAAGGCAUAUGACAAGGGAAUACCAAAGUCAAAGUACUGGGAGCCAACUUAUGAGGAUUCACUUAGUCUGAUUGCACAAGUGCCGGUGGUAGCUUCCUAUGUGUAUCGAAGGAUAUAUAAGGAUGGAAAAAUAAUACCUGUUGAUGACUCUCUGGAUUAUGGUGCAAAUUUUGCACAUUUGUUAGGAUUUGACGAUCACAAAAUGCAAGAGCUUAUGAGGCUUUAUGUCACCAUCCAUAGUGAUCAUGAAGGCGGGAAUGUCAGUGCUCAUACCGGCCAUUUAGUUGCUAGUGCUCUGUCAGAUCCUUAUCUUUCAUUUGCAGCGGCAUUAAAUGGUUUAGCUGGUCCACUUCAUGGUUUGGCUAAUCAGGAAGUUUUGCUUUGGAUAAAAUCUGUGGUAGAUGAAUGUGGAGAGAACAUAACUACAGAGCAGUUGAAGGACUAUAUAUGGAAAACAUUAAACAGUGGGAAGGUUGUUCCUGGUUUUGGCCAUGGAGUUUUGCGUAAAACAGAUCCACGAUAUACAUGUCAGAGGGAGUUUGCAUUGAAGCACAUGCCUGAUGAUCCUCUGUUUCAGCUGGUGUCCAAGCUUUAUGAUGUUGUGCCUCCCAUACUUACCGAACUAGGCAAGGUUAAAAAUCCCUGGCCCAACGUAGAUGCUCAUAGUGGUGUACUGUUGAACCACUUCGGUUUGACUGAGGCAAGAUAUUUUACUGUUCUUUUUGGCGUCUCAAGGAGUAUCGGGAUUGGCUCUCAGUUGAUAUGGGACCGAGCUCUUGGUCUGCCUCUUGAAAGGCCCAAGAGUGUUACGAUGGAGUCACUUGAAAGUUACUGCAAGAAAGCAGCUUCCUGAAGGCAUGGUUCUGUGAAGGAUUAACCGUUGGUGUAAAAAUAUCAGGCUCUACUGCUUUUAGUUGAGUUGACAGGAAAACUUGGCAUUUUAAGUACUUCGAAGAAAUUUUGAAGAUAGGCAAAUAGUAUUUUACUGCUCUGUCAAUCUUUAUUUGGUUGAUUUUAACCAGUUUGUCUGGGGUGAUGCUCGUCAAUAAACACGUCAAAGUCUCAAUAGAGCUAUUAUGAAUAAAAGGGCUUAAUUGUGUUUCCACAAACUCUUCCAA